AUGAUUUUCCUACUACUAUUCAUUCUACCUUCGUUUCGUGUUUUCGCUCAAGUUACGACACCACAAUUGUUUUCGAAAUGCUCGAUUUCCGACAUCGACCGAGUUCUCUCGGAGCAUGAGAAUUAUUGCAUGACGGAUGAUGAGGUCGACAAGCUGUGCGAGCUGCAAAUGAGUACGGAGAAGGCCAACGAUGGUAACGCUGAUUCUUCUACUAGAACUAUUAUACCAUCCUCGAUUAUUUAUUCAACACAGUCUGAUUCAACUGAUUAUACAGAAACUAUCACAACUAAACCAGUGUCACCAGAUUAUAAAGAUGAUUAUCUUAAAUACGUGCCAGUAUCGAAACCUGAAGAAACUAGUAGCACAAUAGCAAUAGAAACUACUAGAAUUCACGCAACAGCAACAACGAAACAAGUGGAAAUUGAAACCAACGAUUAUCGGACCACAUUAGCCCAAUCGCAUAUUAUUCCCGAAACAACUACGAUUCGAGGAAAAACUAGCAGAAUCAGUGUUACAGCACCUUCACAGUCGAGCAUGACCACUGAAACGAGCACGAUUGAUGUGAUCGCACCCACUAGAUCGAGAAUUUUCAACGACGCCAACGUCAACGCCAAUGGCUACGCCAACGGUUUCGCCAAGGGUUACGCCAACGUCUACGCCAAGGGUUACGCCAACGUCAACGCCAAGGGAUGCGCCAACGUCAACGCCAAUGAUUACGCCAACGGUUACGCCAACGUCAAGCAGCUCGUCGACAAUUGA